AUGGCUUCCAAGGUGGUAAAGAAAAAGAUGCUUAUGUUAAAGGAGAAAAUGGAAAUAGUGUGUUUAUUAGAUAAAGAAAAGUUGUCAGUUCGUGAUAUUGCUAAAAAAUUUAAAAUCGGGAAAACACAAGCGGCAAAAAUAGUCAAAGAUAAAGAAAAGAUUCGAAAGAAAUGGCAGUCUGGAGUCAGUGUAAAAACGAAGAAAAACUUUUUGAGUAGUGAGGGUUCAAAGAUCGACAAAGCCUGUUUCGAAUGGUUUGUGAAAGCUAAAAAUCAAAAUAUUGCCGCAUCAGGAUCAUUCGUAAAGAAAAAAGCAAAAGAAAUUGCAGAAAAAUUAGGAGUGAGUACCUUUAAAGCGUCUGAUGGGUGGUUACAAAAGUGGCGUUUGAGAAAUAAUGUUGCAUUUAAGUGUAUCUCCGGAGAAGCAGCAGAUGUAAAUGAAGAGGGCAUUAAUGAAUUUAUGAAAAAAUUACCGACCUUCUUACUAGGCUAUCGACCAGAGGACAUUUUCAACGCAGAUGAAAGUGGGCUCUUUUUUGAAUCUGAGUCCAAUAUCAUCUGCUCCGAUACUAGUGAACUUAGACUUGUGUUGGUAGAUGCUAGGAUUUCAUUAAUAGUAUUCUGCCUAGUUAUGAUACCAACCACCACAGGAGGAUCCGCAAAAUACUCCGCUAGAGCAGCAGCAUCAAGA